UUCGAAUUUUGAAAAAGUUCUCACGCACAAUGCACGCUUUCCCCACAAGUCAGUAACCUUAGCAUUAUCAAGGCAUUCAUUUGAAAGACCAUUACUUUUCUUACGACAAAAGCUAUGGCUUAUGGACUCCACUGUCUUGCUGUUUUACUUUUGUACCUCUGUUUACAAUGCAACCAAGGGACAGCAAGGCCUCUUCCAGAAUACAUAGGCCUGGGCCUAUCAGAGCAGUCUGAUUGGAAAAUCUUGUCACCAUCAUCUUUCAUUGUGGAUGCAGCCAGUGCUCUUGGUAAAAGCACAACUAAACAGACCGAUGACGAGCAAGACAGGGAUUCAGUCUUAACUUUCGAGGAAGCCAGUGGUUACAGUGGUCACAUUAAAGGUCUGUUUGAUGACUUGGAAUUAUCAGGGGAGUUUAGUGGUGAUGAUGACUUGGAAUUAUCAGGGGAGUUUAGUGGCGAUGGCGUCUUACAAGAUAAUGCCAGCCAAAUAGAUUCACCAUCAGAGUUGUUUCCUCCCACCGAUGAAGUUUUGUUUUCUGAUGCUUUGGCCUGGGACAUAACCAGUAAGGAUGUGGUGGACCAGCUUUUUUUUACUUUUCAAACUUUUUCAGGCGGAGAAAAGAGACUUGAACAGGCUCUUUGGGCUGAGUUCUUGGACUCUAGUUCAGGUGCAAGCAGCCAAAGUGAUAUUGAGAUUGUGGAUAUUGAGGGGUCAGGCGAGAUUGAAGAUGAUGCUGCUGCAUCGUACACUGAGAUGACUGACGCCUUUUACAGAGACGAAACCGCCCAUGUCAUCUCUGAAUCUGUGCCAACAGCUCGAGGUGACGAUUCUACAGUGAAGACCUCCCCUAUAGAUGAGAUUACUGAAUCUCUCCUUUUGGUCCCCACCACAACCGCACAACCUCAAGGGGAUUGCUUAGGCCAAUGUGACGAUUCUACAGUGAAGACCUCACCUAUAGAUGAGAUUACUGAAUCUCUCCUUUUGGUUGCCACCACAACUACAGAACCCAAAACCCAAAUAUCUCCCCCAGCUUCUUGGAGUGCCAUCAAAGAUUAUGUGGACUCUUCAGCAUCAGGUGAUGGUUCAGAUCUUGACACUGAUGAUUUAGAUGAGAAUACACCUACUGUUGCUGAGACUCAAGUUACUUUUCAAGGUGCGACUGCACUAGACAGACAAGAUGUACCAGCUGAGGGGAAUAGCACCAUACCUGUACCAGGUGCCUAAAGCAGAUGUUGGAAGUUGAACUCAUCACUAUGGUGGCACAGGCUAGCAUUUAUGGCCAGGAUGAUGAAUAAUUAGUAGAUGAUGUCAGGGCACCAUUAAAAUUUGUGACUUAGAUUCUAGUGUUCAUGUGAAGGAUUGUUUGCAGUUUGAGUUAAGGAUUGAAAGAAUAAAACAGAAAUCUGAGAAUAAGUUUACAUGAAA